AUGGCCAACAUCCUGCUACAGGAGAGUCCACGGGUACUUCUUGGCAUGCGGUCUGUUUGUGUGGACCUGCGACUUUCUCAGACGCCUAAGAGCACCAGUUGGCCAGGGCCACAAGAUACAGAUAUCUGCUCGUUCAUCCACUCAUACACUGCCAAAAUGCCUUGGACUGGACUACAGCCUGUUUACAAAAGUCAUGCCAGUCGGUCUCUCUCGAGAUACAGUCCUCUCACGCACGGAGAGGACCGGUCUCCCGGAAUAGAUCUCAACGAACCUAAUCCUGGGGCUGAUCGCCUCCAAUCUAUGCCCAUCUCACUUGUUCGGAUGACUGAACUCAAGCAACGACCCCGGACUUCCUCGGCGUCAGAUGUAGCCCACCUCAAACACAGAUCGAUCGUCUGGUUUCAGGAGAGCUCUCUCGCGGCACCCUGCAUUGUGAAACGGCCUUUCCAUCCACUUAAGGACGGUUCAUCGCGACCGAAGCGGACCGACAGUCCGUCUUCACCUCGAUCACUGCCCAGGCCGUUUCAAAAAGGAUUCACGAGCAACUUGAACUCGCUCGCAGAAUUUGUGGAAAUCCUGAAGCCGCCUUGCUCCAGCACCGGCCACUGUUUAUUGAAGAGUGACUGGUUUCGGUUCUAUUCCAUAUACGUUCGAAGCCAUACACGGCGCCUUCAUGCAGUUGUAAACGCUUGA